AUGUUCAACGGCAGCAGUAGCAACAUCAGCUAUAGUAUGCCUAUUGGCUCGGAAUCAACCGUCUUGCAGCAAAUUCUGCACUACAACAAGCAAAUGGAGCAAAUCAUGAGCGGAUUUCGUGUCGAAGAUUUACUCUCAGCGGAGUUGAUCAAUGAUACUUCGAAGCCAGCACAUGAAAAUACUGAAUCAAAACCUGCUACAAAACCUCUUAAGACAAGACGGUCUAGAACUGCAUUCACUUAUGAGCAAUUAGUUGCUCUUGAAAACAAGUUCAAGACGUCUCGUUACUUGAGCGUUUGCGAGCGCCUCAACCUUGCAAUGCAAUUGCGUUUGAGCGAAACACAAGUCAAGAUUUGGUUCCAAAAUCGGCGCACCAAAUGGAAAAAGCAUAACCCAGGACUUGACGCCAAUUCACCACCAACUCCGCCGUCUUCUGAUGAGCAAACAACAUCGAAGGAAAGCCCGUCUUCUAGCAAUGGUUCCGCUAUCAAUCCAUUGCUUAUUCCGUCGCUUCUCCAACCGAUAAAUCAACGAAUGAUGUCUUCGCCACUGUCAACGUCAGCAGCGGUUUCCGUACCCUUCGCGCUAUACAACCUGAACACCCUUCUAAUGCAACAAAAAUUGGGUUACUCCUAA